GUAUGGUGUCUGCGCUCGACAAGUCGGUCGGGGAAAUUUUCGAAGCUCUUCAUGAGCGAGGAAUGCUGAACGACACGUUCCUCUCAUUCAGCUCAGACAAUGGAGCCGCAGCAACGUUCUGGGGCACAAACGGCGCAUCGUCGUAUCCCCUGCGAGGCGAAAAAUCUUCCCUCUGGGAAGGCGGCGUACGUGUACCGGGGUUCAUAUGGACUGCGGAGCCACUGUGGCGCGGACGAGGAUCUCAAUACGACCAUAUUUUUCACGCUACGGACUGGCUACCGACCCUCUACGAGAUGGCAGGAGGACAUGCGUCCAAGCUUGCUGGAAUCGACGGUGUCAGCCACCUACAGUCCAUACGUGAAAAUCUCGCCUACCCGCCUCGAACAGAGGUGCUGUUAAACAUAGAUCCCAUAGAAGGAAAUGAGGCCAUAAUCCAGGAUUCAUACAAGCUUGUAUACGGAGCGUUCCCCGGUGGUACGUCGCAGUGGCUGGAAAUACCCGGCAAGAGGCUACCGGUGGCAGAAGAGGCAGAGCAGGCGCACCAAAGCUGCACUAAAAGCAUCACUUAUAAGGUUCUUACCAUGCGUGGUUUUAGCCCUAACUGCGGCGAAGGAGGCGGUGUCUAUUCAACGCCCGUGAAUUGUGGGAACCGAAACUCCAGCAAGGCUCCGUGUGACUCGACCGUGGCACCCUGCCUCUACGACAUAAACACUGACCCAUGCGAGUACAAUGACAUCGCCAACGAAAACCUAGAGAUCGUGCAAAGACUGCAAGCUCGUAUUACAACGUACAAGAAGGGAGCAUUAACACCCAGCAACAUAUACCAAGAUCCCUCCUCAUUCCCUCAUAACCAUGGCGGAGCGUGGGUCAGCUGGAAAGAUGAACCCACGUCAACUGAAAACACUGUUCGCGUUGAACAAUCCUAGUUAAGCAGUCACUUGAAAUGCACCCAGAAUGUAUUUGUCCCACAGCGCAAUUGAACCUCUGUGAUUAUGUAUUCAGUACUGGUUGUCGCAAUUGAAAUAAUAAAAGGAGAUUUUAAACAAACGUCCAAUAUAAAGCAGGAAGGAAAUAAAAGAACAUUAUAAGUAUCUACUCAGCAACCGCCUCGACAAUGGCAAAAUGAAUCUUCCACACAAGAAAAUUAUUUCGGCUUGUGUAUAGGGAUCAGACUAUACUUUUAGAUAACAUUCAUGUGUAGUUAAAUUAAUGGCGCACUUCCAAAUGGUGAACUUUUGAUGUACGAUGCUCAUUGACGCGGAGCG